GUUUUAAACAUAUCAUUAUCUUUUAUCGUUUUAUUUUUUGACCGUCCAAAGAUUUUUAUUAGUAAACCUAUACGGGCAAAGAUGAUUACACGAGAAAGGCCUAAUUACAAGUGAUCCAAACCAUUAAACAAAAACCAAAAAUACACGUGAAUAUAACACGUACGGUAACUACGGUUAAUGGGAUAUUGAACAUGUGGCCACCAUUGCGAAGCUUCAACUUGCGGAGAAAACUGAGAAGGCCUAUAAAUUGAGCUCUACAUGUCUCAUAAGUUUCUUACAUCACAAAUACCCUUCCUCUCUUAUAAUUAAGAAUUGCUUCAACUAGUAUAUGCCAAUGAAGAGUCUCUCAUUUCUUGCAAGUCUGUCUCUCUUGGCUAUAACACUUCCAUUAGCCAUUUCUGAUCCAAGAAGCGUUCAAGACUUCUGCGUCGGCGUAAACAGCUCAGUCAAUGGUGUGUUUGUGAACGGAAAGUUUUGCAAAGACCCAAAGCUCGCCACAGCAGAUGACUUCUUUUUCAGAGGGCUUAUCGAUCCAAAAGACCCAACCGAUACGCACCGAGCAAACAUCACUUUAGUCUCUGCUGAUAAUUUUCUGGCUUUAAAUACCCUUGGAAUUUCGUUUGCCCGCGCAGAUUAUGAAGUGAACGGGGUGCAACCGCCUCACACCCAUCCACGUGCCAGCGAGUUCUUGGUUGUCACACAAGGAACACUUUCAGUGGGUUUUGUCACGGCAGACCAAGAUGGAAAUCGUUUAUUCGCCAAAACACUCAACGUGGGUGAUGUAUUUUUGUUUCCAGAGGGACUCAUCCAUUACCAAGCCAAUAUUGGAGACGUCCCAGCAGUUGCAUUCACUGCUUUGAACAGCCAAAACCCAGGUCUUAGCACUACUGCUGACGCCGUGUUUGGGUGUACUCCGUCGAUAGACCCGGAUGUUCUUGCAAGGGCAUUCAAGUUGGAUCGUAGUAUUGUCGUGGAUCUACAGAACAAAUUUAAGACUGCUUCUUCUUUUACCGCUGUCUGAAUAAGGGUCAUGUAUUAUCCAUCCGUACAUCAAUAAAGUGAUGCCAUCAGUAAGCAUAAUGAAUAAGGGCCAUGUAUUAUCCAUCCGUACAUCAAUCAAGUGACAUCAGUAAGGAUAACGUAUUUUCUUUUCUUUUUUUGUUAAAGCAAGUUUUAUUUCUUUUGUCAUCAAUAGAUUAAUGCUUACAAAAUAAUGUUUGCAAUCCACUUCACGCGGCUGAAUUUUCUAUCAAGAUAUGUUUUUUAAAAAAGGACUUAAAAACAUAAACAAGAGAAUCUGCAGCGUUCAAAGUGUUCUUAUAUCUAUGUAGUUUCAAACUAAGCCAUAGUAGUUUUAGAACCAUCAAGACUAGCUAAAUGGGUUGAAAGAUACUAACUAACAAACGCAGAUGUUGAGCAACUUCAGAAGGAAAGAAAUAUAAAGAUAGACAUGCAUAAACCUGAAGUUUCCCACCUCACUCAAGUGAGAGAGUUUUCUAAGUUGAUUGAAUCCCAGAUCAAGGUGUUUCAACCUGGAACAUCUCCGAAGAUUAUCCAUCUUUGCAAACUUGUUUCGACUCAGAUCAAGCGACUCAACACAACACAUGAGAAAAGUUGCAACGACUCAUCCAUGGUCACGAGACGGUUGCAAGCGUAUGAAACGAAAGCCAACUUAGUCCACUGGUGAAUCCUGAAAACUAUUUCUAUACUCUCUGAGGCAACUCUAUGUGGCUGUAUUAUUUAUCGUUCAACCAAAUUCAACGAUAAUCCCUUUUACCAAACCAAUCAGUCAAUCCUUAUUUUUUUC